CAGCUUGUCCUCAUAAGUGAAGCAGUUAUUUGAUCUGUGGCAAGUUACAAGACAAUUCUAUUUUCGCAACGUUUUUCCUCAUCAGUUCAACAAAAAGCAAAAGCAGUAGAGUGCAGAAGUAGCACUUCUGCCUCAAAGCAAGGAGGGACUGACAAAACAACAAAGACCUAAGGUUAUAGGCAAAAAGAAAAGAAAUUAAAGAUCAUAUUCUUCGUCUACCAAGCGCUAUGUCUCGCCCUGCACACAGAAAACCAGGAUAUCAUAAAACAAACAAAGAUCUUUUUGUCCUUACCUAUGGAGCUCUGGUUGCCCAACUGUGUAAAGAUUAUGAAAAGGAUGAAGAUGUAAAUAAGUAUUUAGAUGAAAUGGGAUAUGGCGUUGGAACACGGCUGGUGGAAGACUUUUUGGCUCGGUCCUGUGUGAGAAGAUGCCAUAGUUAUUCAGAAAUUGUAAACAUAAUUGCACAGGUUGCUUUCAAGAUGUACUUGGGAAUUACACCAAAUGUGACCUGUAACAAUUCGAGUAGAAAUGAGUUUUCUCUGAUUCUAGACAAGAAUCCUCUGGUGGAGUUUGUGGAAGAGCUCCCCACUGGGCGAUCUUCUCUGUGCUACUGUAAUUUACUCUGUGGGAUUAUCAGAGGUGCCCUGGAAAUGGUUCAUUUGGCUGCUGAUGUUACAUUCUUGCAAGAUAGACUAAAAGGCGACAGUGUGACAGAAAUAGGAAUAAAAUUUCUGAAAAAGCUAGACAAAAAAAAUAUAGGCAGAAAAAAUGAAAAAUAGCAUGCAAAAUGCCAUAGGGUGGCUAGCUGAAGAGUAACUAUUAGCUAAACAUGUAUAGCCUUAGACAUUUUCAAUUGCUUAGUAGCAUGAGCUUUUGAAAGUUUAUAAAUCAGCCAGAAAUUUAAAAUGCCUAGCACUAGGAUUUAAAGCUGUUUUUCCUUUGCUUAUAAAUUACACAUAUUUUCAAUUUGUGUCCAUAAGAUUUUAUAUACAAGUAACUCCUUAUAAGACAGUAAGCAUGAAUUCCACAUACUAUGCAAUCCAUCUUAAGAGAGUCUAUUCAUUCCAUUUACUUAGGGUAACAGAAAACACACACACAUAUACACACCACCUAUACAAACAGUGUAUUUAUCUCUUCUUACUAGGAAAAAGGAUAAAAUGAUACAGUGUAGAGCUCACUACUCUUUAGACAGUUUCUAGAUAUUGUAUAUUGCAUUCUCUACAGAAACAGUUCCAUUUGUAACAUUUUUCCAUAUUUCUGAGAAAUUACUGAUGUGAUUUUUCUCAUAUGUUAGCUUGGCUUAUAGCUUUAGCUUCCUGAAGCUACACUUGACUCUUGGUAACCAAGGCAUGCUAUGUAUUUGGAUGGUAAUUUUGAAAUGUUUAAAAAUAGCAUUUAAUUUUUAAAUUUAAUUUUUAGAUAGUUGACAUUAAUCAAAUUCCUUCUUUUUCUCAUGAAAUAUUGCUGAUGGCCUGGCCAGGAAAUCUCUAAAAUGAGGGUUAAACAAUGUUCUUUGAGAAUACUUUCUUACUCCAAUGCUUAUUCAUUUGGAAUUUUUAAUUAUCGUUUUUAUCCUCUAAAAAUCUUCCAUUUAAAAUUUAAAAUGUCUUCGAUUAAACAAAUAAUAAUCUUCACUACACCAUCAUCACACACUACAGCAGCCUGCGUAGCAGCCCAGAAUCUACCAGGCUCUCCAGAGAACAAUUACAAGGAACAGUUACAAUUCAUGUGACACCAUCAGUUAAAACUUGUGUAAGUGAUAUGAUAGUGAUAGAACUCAACUAGGACUCAGGAUCCUAAGCAGGACAAAGAUGAGUGGAUUGAAGAAAAGCCUUCCCUGCUUCUGGACAACUCAGUUACACGAGCCAACAAAUUGACUUUAUUCUUUAAGAGAGUAGAGUUGGGUUUCUGUUACUUGCAACCAACAGAAUCUAAAGUAAUAUGUCUGCC